ACCCACACGGAGUUCGCACGCAUAUACCGGUGGCGUACAUUGGCGCACGGCCAACAGCGAAUUCGUUCGCCGGCUCCCAACAAGAACGCGUCGUCGCCGACAUAUACAGCGUGAGCGCCAACCUAACCGAGGGGGAGCAUACAUAUAGAUAUAACCGCUAUUAAUCCUACGGUCGUGGGCGAGUCGGUUCGUGAAAAUGGCCGGGGAAAAGCGCAGCCAGGAUAAGGACGAGAUCUCAUUCGCGCGGACGGUGCUCGUCGACAUCGAAGGCACCACCACGAGCAUCAGCUUCGUGAAGGAGACUCUCUUUCCCUACGUGCGCCAGAAUCUAAAAGACUACAUUGAGACCAAGUGGGAAGAUGAGGAGUUCAAGCAGGACUACGAAAAGUUAAAGGAACAGGCAAAAAAAGACGAGGAAGAUAAAUUAGAUGGCUUUGUAGCGAUUACUGGCGAUAAGCCUGAAGAAGAAAAAGAUUCACUUUUGAAAAAUGUUUUGUGGCAAAUGGAUAACGAUCGUAAGACAGCUGCAUUAAAGCAAUUGCAAGGACAUAUGUGGCGUGAAGCAUAUAAGACAGGCACAGUUAAAGGACACGUUUAUGAAGAUGUUCCUAAAGCAUUUGAAUCAUGGACAAACAAUGGUCAGAAAAUAUACAUCUACUCAAGUGGCAGUGUUGAGGCACAGAAGCUCCUUUUUGGAUAUUCUGUACAUGGUGAUUUACUUAAGUAUUUCAACGGUUUCUUUGACACAGAAGUAGGUGCAAAGCAAGAAAGUGACAGCUAUAAAAAUAUACUGAGUAAAAUCGGUGGAAAACCAUCCGAUGUUGUUUUCCUCACUGAUGUUGUAAAAGAAGCCGCAGCUGCCAAGGAAGCAGGUUUAUCAACAAUAAUCGUAGUACGUGAGGGUAAUGCUGCAUUAACCGAUGAGGAAAAAGUUACAUAUACAACCAUUAAGUCAUUUUUGGAUUUGACAUUUCAAACGUCUACAAAGCGGCAAAAAUUAGAAACAGCUGACGACAAAGUUGACGAAGGUGCAGCUGACGUCGGUGAGCCGAUGGACACUUCCGAAGAUGUAGAAAUGUCCGAUGUCAGCGAUAAAAAGGUUGAAAAAAACGAUGCAAAAGACGCAACUGAAUCAGAAAGGGAAUGUGCAAAGGAUCAACCGUCAGAAAAUGCUUCGAUUUCUUUAGGGCAAGUGGAAGAAGCAGUAGCGGUCGAGAAAGAUCUUUCGAACGCUGAACAGGAAUUAACAGAAUCUAAUGCCAAAUCGAAGGACACGAAUGAGGACGCAGGUUCCUCUGAAAGCGCACAAUGUAACGUGAAAGAUGAUGCUGCCACGAAAGACAAUGAUAAAGGCAUCGCAGAAAAGACUGAAGAAAAUUUAGAUGCGAUUGCAACUAAAACUACUGCAGCCGAUGAUUCUGCGGACGUGUCCGCGCCAGAGUCUGUGUCAAAGUCUGAGACCACUCUCACGUCUUCCGAGAAAAAAAUCGAAGAUUCUACAGACAUUGCAAAAGAUAUACAGGCUGAAGGUGUCGAUAAAACUCAAGCGAUCGAAAGUGACGAGAAGGCAGACGACGGCAUUGUACCACAAACUUGUGACAAAAAUGUAGCAAACAAAUCUGAAUCUGAAUGCGUGACAGCGAAAAAAGAUGAAGUAAAGGAGGAAUCCAAGAUUAUUUCAGGUGCAUCUGAAAGCGAGAAUGUUUUAGCGAAGAGCGAGCAAGAGGCGGCAAAAGUGGAGACGACUGCAAUAGAUGUCACAGAAAAUGGGGAGACCACAGCAGAAGCAGCUGCGGAAAAAACUACGGUAACGGUAACAGAAACGGAAGCGGCAAUUACGGACACAAGGAAAGAAGCAACGGCAUCAGCUGAAGUGUCCGCAGAGAAGAAUUUGGAAGUAACUGCAGAAUCUGAGAAAGUCGAUGAAAAGACUCAGGGAAUAGAAACGGAGACGGUCGAUGCUGAUAAACGCGAGAAUGAAACUACGCAGCAGGAGACAAUAAAAGAAGAGGGGACAGUGAAAGAAGAGAAUGUGGUGGACAAAAAUACAGUGGAUACGGAAAAGCAAAAACUCAAUGGAACCACACAAAAUGGAAAUACGGAUGUGCCAGUGUUGGAUGACAAAUUACAUAGUAACGGACUGAAUGAAGGGCCGUCGAAGGAGGCAACGAACGAAGAUGCGGCAGCGCAAAACGGCGAGCCCGAGAGCUUGUCAGAAAGUAGUGCGGAAUCCAUAAAAGUUAAAAAAGUCGUCGAUUCCGCCGUAGCCGACGGUGCCGGAGAAUCCGACGUUGUUCCUCCUGUAGUUGUAGCGGCGACGUCUUAACUUUGUUCUUAUACAGUUUAAGGAGCCCUUCAUGCAUAACCCCAAUCCAACAAGUACUUAUUCGCAGGUAUAAACUGAUAUUAAUUGAUCCCACGUAUACUUUAUGUAAAUCGUACUACGUCAAAAACGUAAACGCGCUACUUUAAGAUGCAGUUCGUAAAACUACCGGUUUGUUUCGGCGGCUCUAUAACGAAAGAAAAUAGAAAAGUAUGGUAUGGAAAGACGCUUCAAACUUUUCUUUUUUUUUUUUAGUUUUUUAGAUAUUGUUACAGGCAUAAAUUUUACUUUUCUUGAUGAUGACUAACUUUCAUUUAUACGGUAUCGUUUUAAAUGUUUUAUGUCACUUCAUAUAUAUGUUGCUUUCCUAUAUCGUGAAAAUAAGCUUUUAACUAUUUCAACUCUCUGUUUGUUUUUGAUUUUCGAUUGCUAUGGCAAUUUUUACAAGGAAAGAAUGAAUUGUUAUAAUUAAAGUUAGAAUAUUUUUUUAAUUGAAAUUUUGCAUGUGAUCGAUCUAGAAGUAUCAAAACGUGUCAUCCGCUGUAAUCAAUUAUUACAUGUUCUUGAGGGGCUUUUUUCUAAUAUUACUCUACACGACACGUGUACUGACAUCUUUUUUAUACCGCCUAAACAGAACAACUAUACAUGAAAACUGAUAGAAUAGGUAAUUUCAAUAGAGUUGCAGUAUAUUAAAAUAUCGAUUGUAUCUGUGCCAAAUGAAUUUCACGGUUCGAAAUUUUGCUUCCUUCAUUUCAUCACUUCGGCUUCGUUCUCUUACCCUUGAUAGUUUGAUAAACAACAUUGAGAGAUCUGGUCGAUGUUUUAUUUUACUGCUGCAACCGUGAAGUUAACUACGAAUAAUUACUUUAAGACUGUGUAUUGGUACCGCCUUUAAUAGUUGCUGUCUUGUAGAUUAUAUCAUAGAUCUUCGUUGCGCACAGCAUAUUUAACUUUGUGAAUCGAUAAACAAUGCAUUUCAAGUCUAAAUAUUUGUAGAUACAUUGCACAGUAAGCUUCACUCAAUUACGUUUUAAUUUCGCUCGCGUUUUGUUAUAUAUAAGAUUUAAAAAAAAUUGAUAUUAGGACUUUUUGCAUCGAUACGCUUUCUCGUUUUGUCUGCCUAACAUGGUUCGCGUAAUGUAAUUUUUUUUUUUUUUUUUUUAAUGUUGCAAUACAGAACCGUUAACUACAGCUAUAAUAUCGCGAAACAUUUGUCAAAGAGCCCAAAAGAGUGUACUUUAGCUCUUAUAUUCUGUAGUUUCACGACUUAGUUCGCAGUUGCUCAGCUCUUAGAGGCGAAUGGCUCUAUAUGGUUACUUGAAUAAACUGGCCCCAGUGAUUGCAGUUAAAAACAAGUCACGUAACUAAUUGGAUCCAUUCUCUUCUAUAUUUAAUCGUAUAAUUUGGAAACUUGCGAAAGAGCAUAUCGAUUCGUAGAUUUACUCUGUCAUUCCUAUAAAUUAGAAUUUUGUUACAGUCUAUACGCGUGUGGAAUGCGUUUAUAUUAUCUCUUUACAGUUAAUCUAAUGGCAUAAAUUUAAUAGUCUGCUAAUUACUUCGUAUUAAAAUACUCUAAAAGCUGCUGUAUGUGAAAAUAUUCAAAUGCAAGUAGCUGAAUAUAAAGUGCAAAUUGCACUUUGACUGAUCAAUCGUCUAGAUUACAUGCAAAGCGAUAAUAUGGAUAUACUGUGUGUAGACUGUCGCUCAUUUUUUGUGAUGCUCAACAUUUUAAAACGCGUAUGGGAACUAGAAAAUAACGAUUAAUAGCGGUUAAAAGUUGGAUCGCGCUUUCGGCAAAGAAAUCAAUUACUGUUACUUUUUACUGUUAUUUGAAUAUGUCCAUUCCUAUUAAAUUGACUGUGAUUUAAGAAUAUUGAUAGACAUAUAGGUUGCUCGAAACGAUUCGUUGUUAUCAAUUAUGCGAAAGUGAUCGUCUUCGUGGUAUUUCCGUUGCGAUUUUAUUGUUUUUGUUCGAUUUUUAGUAUGCCCGCGUCUAGUCGAAAUCAGUCAGAGGUCAGAAGUGGCGGAGACUUCUAUAGAUCGAUAGACGAUUUCGCGUUGUUUUUGCUUUACAUUACGUUUCGCCGACUAUGCUAGGGAGACGCGAGGAUGAGACGGGAGGAACGCGACGUGUCUCGUACGUCUAAAGCUAUUAGUGCGCGUAUAACAAGAAAUGAAUACGGGAGAAACCAAUACGAAAGUAAGCACGGUUUGAUGUUUUACGGUAUGCAUUCUUGACAGACCUCGCAUAUUUUAUUUAUAAGUCGUCUACUCGAAGAGAUGCGGACGAUUCGAUACUUGCGACAGAUCGUAUUAUUCUCGCUAUUGUAUCACUCGUCUCGAAGUAGUCAAGACGAAAAAGCGAAACCCUCUCAUGCUUUCUACUACGUUCGUCGAGACACCAGUCUAAUAUAAGUCUAAGAUCAGCGAUCGAAUCAUUUUUUCAUAUGUACGAUGGCACAGAUAAGUGACACUCGAUCUCACUUAUCUAUUCCAUCGAAUGUAUACGUGUUUUAAUAACGGUUUUAAAAUACAUGUAUGAAAUAACGAGAA